UAUCCAAAGCAAUACACAACAUUCUUCGGGCGACAAGUUUUAAUGGUAUCUUUUUGAAGGAAUAAACUUGAUAGCAGCACCAAAAUGAGUCGAGGGACAAAUAGCAUUUUAAGUGAAAUAGAAUGGGAUGAAGGUUUAAGUAUGCCUGUGGCAAAUGCCGAGAACAAGGCGCUCGAAGAUCAGAUACAAGAUAAGCAAAAGAAGGUCGUAGGUGCUACAAAUGAACUGGAAGAGUUUGAUGACCGUAUACAUGCUAUGUAUGAACAUCUCAAAAAUGUUCGACAAGAACUCCAACACACACAGGGCCUUACCAGUGCACGUAAAAAAGAAAUUGAGACAGAGAACCACAUGUUGAUGAUAGCUGAGAGAGAAGAAGGGCGUUUGAAGCAGGAGGUCAGGAAACUGGAAAAAGAACUUGAAGAAUUAAAGGAGAAAAAGAAUGUAUUUGAGAAUAAUAUUUUCAAGCAAACCCAGAAGUUAGAGGAGAUGAAAUCCCAGAUGAAUUGGGACCAACAGGCUCUGGAGGCGUGGUUAGAGGAAUCGGCCAGGAAAGACGAGGAUUCCAUGACCAUUCAGAAAUACACACGUCAAGAUGAGAGCAAAAUCAAGGAAUUAUCCCUAAGAAUGGAGAGGCUGACUGAUGAAUCCAAGCAGAAGAAGCAUGUCCUUGAGCAUGAGACAACAGAAACUCUAACAGCUCAGAUAGAACUGGACAAAACUGCAGAGGACUUCAGGAAAGCUCAUCAAGAGCGUCAAAACCUGAUUGAACAGUGGGAACAUACUAUUGAACAAAUGCAGCGCCGUGACAAAGAAAUGGAUCUCCUUGCAGCGAAAUUGGCAAGAGUAAAAGCAGAAGUAAGAAAGAGAGAAGAAAGUAUAAAAGAAAAACAGCAGUUCUUAGAAAAUGAAAUAGAAAACAAUAAAGAACAAGAAAAGAAGAUUUCCUUGGCUGAGAGGUUGUCAGCAAAGUUCAGAAUUGACUACCAGGAGGCAGAGACUCAGAGAGUUCAGUUCCAGGAUGAGUUGGAUGCGUUGAAGCGUACUGUCGAUCGCACUGCCACUGAUCUUGAAGUCACAAGGUCACAGGUCUCCCAGCUGAAAAAAGAUGUUCAAGAGAAAACAAACAAACUGCAGAUGGCAAAAGAUUUGAGAGAAACAUUAGUAGAAAAGUUAAAAAUAGCAACAGAAUCCACGCUGAGCGCAGAGGAGCGAGCGGCUCGCAUGGAUGAAAUGUUGGAGGAGGAAGAAAAAGUUCAGAGGGAGUAUGAUCAGAAACUGAAAGCAUUAAGGGAUCUUCAGUUCCGUAAAACUCAGGAACUUCACGAAUGUAAAGUGACAGAGAGGAACACAGAGGCUGAAAUCCAGGGAAGUCAAGCUGCUAUUCGUAAUCUGAACAGCAAAAUAUCCAAAGUGGACACCGAUGCCCUUAAACAGCAGGAAAUCAUAUACAACCAGGACUUUGCAGUUCAACAAUUGGAGAGAAGAAUCAACAGAAUGCAAGGAGAAAGAAGCAACGAGGAAAAAGUUGCCCUGGAGGCCAAAAUUAAGGACCUGAAUGACGAUUUAGAACAGAGAAAUAACACGCACACACUGCUGACACUGCAGCUCAAAAGACUGCAGGAUGACAUCCGCCGUGUGAAGAGAGACUUGGAGAAGUCAGGAGCUGAGAAGUGUGAUCUGACCAGUAAAAUAGAGGAGAUAAAUCUGUACAAUGACAGCUCAGAGAAGGAACUGAGGAAGAUCAUCAGAAACAAACAGGAUAUGAUGGUUGAUCAGAAUAUCCUUAAGCUGGAAAUCAAGAGACUGAGAGAAAUGCUGAACUCCAAGGCAGAUGAAGUGUUUAAUCUGGAGAAGAGAAGGCUCCAGCUGGAGACGGCCAUGAAAGAAAGGCGACAGGAGAUAGGUAUACACAAGGAGAUGUUGGACGCUCAGUUCCGAGCAGCUGCAGCCGAAAGGCAGCAGAUCAGUGCCGAAUUACACGAACGAAUCUCAAAGAUUGAAAAAUUAAGAAGCAGGUAUGAAAUCCUGAUGGUAUCCAUGGCACCACCAGAGGGAGAGGAGGAGAGAUCUCAGGCCUAUUAUGUCAUCAAGGCUGCCCAAGAGAAGGAGGAGCUACAGAGACAGGGAGAUGAUCUGGACGCCAAGAUCAGGAAGGCUGAGAAGGAAAUCCGAGCCCUGGAAAACACCCUUAAACUGAUGAACAACCGUAAUGAGACGUACAGAAAAAGCUUCAAUAAAGUCACAGAGUCCAGUGAUGAAAUGGAGGAGAAAGCUCAGCUGGAGGAGCAGAUGAGGGCCGUAAUGGAUAAAUUUAAAUACAAGAGACGUCAGAUCCGCGAACUACAGGAGGACCUACAGACAAUGAGUAACACGCUGGACAACCUCAACAGGGACGAACAGGCCUAUGAGGAAAUGAUCGAGGAAAAAGAGAAUAAGAGGUUGCAGUUGAACAAGGAGCUUGAUGACCAGAGAUCUAAGCUGGAAAGAGUUGCCAAGCAGAAUUCAAAGUAUGCCCGAGAACUUAGAUCAGCCAAGAAAUCAAAAGGAGAGACAAAUGAAGAGAAAGAUUUUGAUGUCCGUGAAUUGCGAGAGUUUAACAGACAGGCAAUGCAACAGAUAGGAGAUGUCAUACAAAAGCACCCUGACAUAAGUGAAGCUGUCAACAUGUAUUUCUCCCAGGCCAACCUACCUCCCCCGACCCCCAGUGGCCGUCAGCCAGGAAGUGCCCGUAGUAGUCUAGGGUCAGUGCGCAGUGGCUCCAGCAUCAAAUCUCCCAGUGGUAGUGGACGACCCACACCUGUACAGAUUGGAGCAGACUUCGGAGCGGUUCGCUCCCCUGCUAGUUCACGUAGUUCCAGUUCCAUGGGAAGUGUGAGGAGUUCCGGAAGCCGAGCCGGAACAGGUCGACGAUAAAGAACACUGCCGUCCCUAACAGAAGUCCGUCCAGGAUGUCAUAGUGACUGUGAUAUAUUAACUAAUGGAAAUAAUUCAAAAUACUUGAUAACUGAGUGGUUUCACCGAUGUUGAUGAUGGAAAUGUGUGAAAGUUGGUGAGGUAGAGAGAACAAGAGAACUACUGUUUUUUAUUGAAUUUUUCUGUUGUACAUUUAAAUUUGCUGGUAAAUUAAUUCUUAAUAAAUGUUUAUGUACACAUGUA